CUGGACAUGGCUGGGGAAGAGUGAGUUCCCCAGUGUCGGAGGUGUGCAAGCAGAGGGCAGGGCCAUCGUCCUCAAAGCUCCCAGAUCCAGCUCCCUGCCCGCCUGCCAUGUUCCUGCCAGCUGCCUCCCCACUGAGCCCUUUACCACCUUCCUGACUCACACGGCCGGUUCUGCCACCGCCCAGGAGCCGGUGCCCAAGGGGCUGGGUAUAAAUCCUUGAUGUGAGGCUGGCUACCUCUCAUCGCUUCCAAGCACGGAGCAAUGGCCUCUCGCUGGGCUGUGCAGCUGCUGCUCCUGGCAGCCUGGAGCAUGGGCUGUGGUGAGGCCCUCAAGUGCUACACCUGCCAGCAGCCCAUGACCAGUGCUUCCUGCAGGACCAUUACCCGCUGCAAGCCGGAGGACACAGCCUGCAUGACCACGCUGGUGACGGUGGAGGCAGAGUACCCCUUCAACCAGAGCCCCGUGGUGACCCGCUCCUGCUCCCGCUCCUGUGUGGCCACCGACCCUGACAGCAUCGGGGCCGCCCACCUGAUCUUCUGCUGCUUCCGAGACCUCUGCAACUCGGAACUCUGAACCCAGGGCAGCAGGGCAGAAGGUGCUCCUCAGGCACCUCCUCUCUGACGGGGCCUGGCUCCACUUGUGAUCACCUCCCACUGCUUCCUGCUGCUGUGGCACAGCUCACUCAUGGGGUCUGAGGGGAGAGGACCACACCAGGGGCGCCCUCUGCCUUCCAUACCCCACACUUAUAAAACAUAACUAAGCCAAGAGUGGAGAUGACUUUUGUCCUUCCUGGACACUGACACCCUGCAGAACUGGCCUUCAGGAGAGCCAGGCUGGAGGACAGCACAUUCUAGGCACCUGCUCCUCCCUCUCACCCAGAGCCUCUAUGACCCAUUUCACAGAUAGGAAAACAGAGACUUAGGGAGAGAAAUGCCUU